AUGGUAUUAAGAAGUGAUAGAGCACAAGCUGUCCGUCCAUACCAUUCUGUUGCCUGUCCCGUGAGUAAAGGUUUUAAGCUGAACAGCCACCACACUCAUUUCCUUCUUGUAGACAAUGGCACUGUUGACCAGUAUGGAUGUGAGAUGCUAGUCAGACGCAAGUUUGAGAAGUACCUAUCGAUGCAGCAUGUCAAUGCCCGACGUCAGGUACCAGUGGUUAGUGUUGUGGUUGAAGGAGGAGCUAAUGUUGUACGUACAGUACUAGCCAACGUCAGUGGGGAUCCACCAAUACCUGUUGUGGUCUUUGAUGGCACUGGAAGAGCUGCAGAUAUCAUCGCAUUCAUGCACAAGUAUACCAGUGAAAAUGGGAUGUUAUCAGCUCCAUUAAAAGAACAGAUACUGGAGACAAUCAAACACACAUUUGAUUUCAGCCACAGGCAGAGUGAGAAGCUCUACCAUGAGCUUGAACAAUGCAUGAAAAAGAAAGAAAUGAUAACUGUAUUUUGCUUGAGUACGGAAGGAGUUGAAGACUUUGAUCUUGCCAUCUUGACAGCCCUGUUGAAAGCUCAGACUAAGUCUUACUCAGAUCAGCUUAAUAUGGCCCUGUCUUGGAAUAGGGUGGAUAUUGCCAAGAAACAGAUCUUUGUCCAUGGUAGAGACUGGCCAGAAGGAGUUCUUGACCAAGUAAUGAUGGAUGCUCUGACAAAUGACAAAGUAGAAUUUGUCAAACUACUCAAAGACAAUGGCGUCAAUAUGCACAAGUUCUUGACUGUAGCAAGAUUAGAAGAACUGUACAAUACGAAACAAGGUCCAGGCAACACGCUCCCACAUUUGGUCAAAGAUGUUAGAAAGCAUCAUCACCAGCUAUUGAAGUACUCGUUGUAUGAUAUGGGUUUAGUCUUUGAGAAUCUGAUGGGCGGUACCUACCAAUCAACGUACACAGAUAGAAGAUUCAAAGCUCUUCACCAGACUACUCUUAAAAAGGGUCUGUCUUUCGCCUUACUAAUGGAAAGAGAGGUCUCUGAUGCCACUAUCCCUCCAAUUGAUCGCUAUCUCCAGACCUUCCCGUUCCCGUUCAAUGAACUCUUCAUCUGGGCGGUCCUUACCAAACGCCAUGACAUGGCCUUGUUUCUCUGGAGACAGGAUGAGGAAGCUCUUGCCAAGGCACUGGUUGCUUCAUCACUGUACCGUGCCAUGGCCAAGUCAGCGGAAGUCAUGAAUCUGGAAGCUGAAAGCAGCGGGGAACUCAGGAGAUAUGCUCAGGAAUUCAAUGAUCUAGCUAUGGACUUGUUAGAUCAGUGCUACAGAGAGGAUGAGGUCUUGACCAUGCAACUCUUGACCGUUCAACUGGACAAUUGGAGCAAGCAUACCUGUCUGAGUUUGGCUGCCAUGGCCCAGCACAACAUGUUCAUGGCACAUGCCUGCUGUCAGGUUUUACUCAAUGAUCUUUGGCACGGUGGUAUGCAGGCACAAAAGUAUAUCAACAUCAAGGUUAUAACAAGUCUUCUGUUCCCUGUCUGCAUCUUUGCUAUUGGAUUCAAGACCACCGAAGAGCUUCUCCUUAUGCCUCAAACCUUGGAGGAACAUAUGCAGGAUGUAGAGGAUGCUGAUAGACCUUCUAUAACAUCAUCUACAUCAUUCACUAGGUUACAUAACAUCAAGGAAGAAGAGGAGAUACCUAUGGAGAGGAAAGGUCUUCGUCAGCGGCUUACUAUGACAUCCAAAGAGAUUGAUCCCAUAGAGGAACCGUGUGAGAGAAAAGCUACUCAGAAACGCCAGCUCAGUGGGGGAAAGAAGCUCUAUGAAUUCUUCAAUGCUCCCAUCACCAAGUUUUGGUCUUACACUAUAUUCUACGUAGUAUUCAUGUUCAUGUAUAACUAUGUAUGCCUGUUUCGGAUGGAAGCAAUGCCGUCAUUCUUUGAGUGGAUCGUCAUCCUCUACAUAAUCACAACCGGCAUGGAGCAUGUCAGAGAGCUCAUGUUAGCUGAGCCCACCAAACUUGCACAUAAGUUUCGUGUCUUCUACUCUGUCUUCUGGAAUGUCCAUGAUGUAAUCGCCAUCGUAACCUUCAUGACCGGUUUCAUCCUUCGUAUGGUGCCAUCGACCCAUCUAUCUGGUAGAGUGGUCUACUGUGUGGUCAUUGUUCUAUGGUAUUUGAGAUUCCUGGAGAUUCUGAGUGUUAGUAAUUAUCUAGGACCUCUCAUUAAUAUGAUUGGUAAAAUGUUACGGGAUAUGUGCUACUUUCUAGUAGUAUUGAUAAUCAUUCUGGUGAGCUUUGGUGUGAUUCGUCAGUCUAUUCUAAACCCUGAUGUUGAACCUAGUUGGUGGCCUGUAAGAGAAGUCCUUCAUGAGCCAUACUGGAUGAUUUAUGGAGAAGUCUAUGCUGGCAAGAUUAAUCCUCCGUGUGGAGAUGGACCAGACAUGGAGCCUUGUCUUACGGGUCAUUGGGUCGUUCCCGUGGCGAUGUCCAUUUAUUGUUUAGUAGCCAACAUUCUGAUUGUCAAUAUGCUCAUUGCUCUCUUCAACACCACCUUUCAGCGGAUAAUGCCAAUCGCUAAUCAACUGUGGAAGUUCCAACGGUACCAUGUGACCAUGAAAUAUGAGCAGAAGCCCAUCCUCGUACCUCCCUUCACAAUUAUAUACUAUCUGUAUUCCCUCUUCAAGUUUGUCGUUUGCCAGUGUCGAAAAUGUGAGAAACGACAAAAGGACAUCAGACUCAAACUGUUCUUGGACAGAGAGGCUAUGGAUUCCGUUCGUGACUUUGAGGAAGCAUGUUUAGAACUCUAUCUCAAGGACAAAGAAAUUCAAAGACAGGUCUCAAGUGAAGAGAGACUGCGAGAAGUUGCUGAAAGGACUGAGGAUCACUCUUAUCAACUUGAAGAGAUCGUAGAGAAGGAGAAUAUUUCCAAGCUUGGUAUGAGAUCAUUUGAACGUAGACUGAUGAGGGUAGAAGAGGCUUCCUUCCAAACAGCCAGGAACAUCAUGGACAUCCGUCAACUUCUUAUGAAUAGCUUGCUGCCAGCAGAAAGCAACGAGAACCUUCUUGGUGUUCGUGAGUCGCGACUGAAGAGUGCUAGCGAUAGUGCCCUGAAUCAUGAUGCUUGCCCAAGUGACAAGAGUACAAAGAUUCAACGAUGGAAAGCAAAGAGCGGUGGCUCGUAUCCGCCCAUGCAAAAACCAAAGGUACAUGAUAGGGGAAAGCCAGGUGUUGGGAGUCUUUCACGCAAAGAAGGUGAGCUAUUGAGGGAGAAUCCGGAAUUCAGUGUAGAGAGGGUAAGUCCUCGAACUGGACGCAGGAAACUGGUAUCCAGUAAGAACUUUGAUGAUGGAUCUCUUGAACUGAAAUCAGGUGGAGCAUCAUCCAAAGACAGUAGUCAUGACUCAGAGAGAGCAAUGCGUAUUGACUCUCAUAGUGCUGAAAGCAGUGGAGAGAGUGACCUUCGUCCUUUGACCCCUGAUAAAGAAGAUGGCCUAAAGGCGCUUGGCAGUCCCACAAAAGUUCCUACGGUCAUCCUUGAACAAGGUAGGAGUGAUAUCAAGCGAAAUCACAGCCACAAAGUCCUAAGAUUAAGUACGUUUGAACGUUACCUGUCCAUGGUAGCUCCUCAACAAGACAUUGAAAAUCCUCGUCCAGGUCCGGUUAGGAGGCAAGUUGGUGCCGAAUCUGGUGUGGCCAAAGACCAUGACAGACAUCUUGGGAUGAGACAUAUAGACUCUGAGAGUAAUAUGUCUGUGUACAGUAACACUAGCGUCCAGACACCCAAACUGGGAACCAUGCAGCGUCCCAUGCCGUAUGUUUCUGCCCCAGUCUACUCCACAAUUACUGAUCAUAUUGAUCUCAGCUCGGUGAACGCCAACCGCCUCCAUGAUCUCGGAGCUUCCACAUCCAGCACUGGAUACAUCUCCAUGAAUGAUAACAUAGAUAAUGAAAUGCCUGCAUCGCCAUCUCCGUUUGUUCGUCCCGGUAUGGGCUUGGACUUCACUCCCUUCACAAGUCUGAGCAUACGAUCCGACACACUAGUCUCACCUACCAGACCUGACCACCUGAAGAAAGUGGAGCAGGGAUGUUACGAUAUCAUGGAUGACAGUGAGUCCGAUCAAGACCAGACUAGGCUUAGAACCGAUAUUGAAGAUGAAGAGGAAAGUGGGAUAGAAUUCGCUGUUCGGAAAUCUUCAGAGUCUCAGACAAGCCAGGAGAGCAGAGAAGAGGGAACGAGGGAGACCACUUUCUAAAGACUGUUUACCAAAGGAAUGGUAUUCUCUAUAUAUAUACACCAAUUGAUGGUGCAUUGAUAAAUGUAAAGAUUAUUUAUUUUCAUAGUUUGAAACUCAUUGUCAGGUAAAAUGAAAGAUUUUGCAGUCUGUAUAAAAUACAUCUUGUGUGAAAGAUGUUAUCUGAAAUCUUGUGUAAGUGAUGAAAAUUAUCAUAUGAAUUAUAAUAAUAAUAAUAUUAGUAUUGAUAAUAAUAAUUAAGUGCAAAUGGGGGCAUUUCCCUUCUUUUGGGGACCCCUUUUUCUUUUUUUUUUGUUAUGCCUGUCUGGAAGUUUUUUUAAGAUGGGAAAGUGCCUCCAAUAAUGAUGAUUGUUCACCUUUUUUUUGCUCAGAAAGUGUUUGCCCCCCCUGUAAAUCCUGGAUCUGCCUCUGAUAGUGGUAGUUAUAAUAGUAACAAUAAUAAUAACAGUGAUAAUAACAAUACUUAUAAUGGUAUCUACAUUAAUAAUGAUAACAGUUUAUAAUUAAUUGAAAAUUUGUGAAAAAUGGUCACUAUACCUGUGUAAUAUUUUUAGGUAAAAUAAUAGUCUUAAAAAAGUACACUCCGGAAUAAACAAAAAUGAGCAUUACCAAUGAUUAAUCAUAACUUAAAAUGUAAUAGACAAAUGACUUAUUGUUGUAAAGCUUAGGGUCUCUUCUUUCAUCUGGUACAACUUAGAUGAUUAGUCAUGUGUGCAUGAGUGAACAAAAGCAAAGGAUACCAAGAAGUCACUUCCAAACGGUUCUAUCUUAAUGUCUAAAAUUAUAGUAUUUGCUCUUUUAUUUGAUAGCCCAACCCAAGAAAAUAACCAAGAACUAAGAACUUUCUCUUUCUUUUUCUUAAAUAAUGCUUGCAUUUCAUAAUGCAAAUAUGUUUUCACGGAUUCCCUACCAUAGCUAUCACACAGUUAACAAAAGACUCAAUGCACGGCUGAUCAUCAACAAAAUGGAGUGUUGAGUAAGUCUGAGUUAAUUGAUAAUUUUUCGCUGAAAUCCUCCUGAUCAGUGAGGAUGACCAAAGGAUACAAGGGCUCAAAUUAUGCAUUCAAAGGCCGUUUUUAUUUUUAUUUUGAAGGGCACUAAUAAAGGAACGAGAAUGCAGCAUUCAUUUUAGGGGGUAUUCAAGGCCAUUACAAAAGGGCAUCAAUAGAAAAAUGUACUUCUCAAAAGGGACACAUGCUCUGGAUUACGACUGGGCACCAAAGCCUCGGGGCAUCUUAUGUUGACCUUGAGUCUACAAAUAUUUUGAAGAGCAUCAAGGUCAUUUCUGGGGUCAUCAGAGGUCAUGACCUAGGAUGGCCUUGGGUUAAUUCAAGCCCUGGAUACAGUCUUGUGAGGGUUCAAAGAAGUACAUGUCAAAGAGAAGGGAAAAGAGUGACCAAUCUCUUCCUAUUGUUCACAUCAAGGCCCUGUCACGUAAAGCCUAGCGAUUGAUUAUUGGGGCUGCUUUUUUAUGAUUGAACAUACACAAUAUUCAAUGCAAUCAGUCAUAGAAUCAGCAGAAUGAUCAAUUGCUGAGCUUUAUUCCAUGGGUCCCAGAUGAUUCAACAUAUCAAACACUACACAGAGCUAACUGGUACUCUCCUACCCUCUUAUCCACCGUGCCCCAGGGGGUCGUUUCAUAAAGCUUUUUGAAAGUUAAGAGUGACUUUAAGAAUGACUGGUGAUCCUUAUGCGCUUAACCAUCGCCAAUGAAUAUACCAUUUACCACAAGAAAAGAUCACCAGUCGUUCUUAAAGUCGCUCUUAACUUACAAACAGCUUUAUGAAACUCCCACCAUGAACCACUGAUUUUUUUCGUUUAUGGCUCACUAAUUUGUUAUACCAAUCUAUAAUCUCUGACAUAUCGUUGGAUAGUCUUUGGCAGGUGGCUGUUUCGUAGAGCUUUACAAGUUACCAGUGAUCCUUUCUUGUUUUGGUAAGUGAAACAUGCCAGAUAUUCAUUGCUACUGAUAUAGUUCCUAAGGAAGGGUCACCAGUCGUUCGUAGGGUCGUUCGUAACAUACAAACAACUUUAUGAAACACCUGCCAGGACUGUUCUGUUAAAUCAGUUGAGCAGACAACACAUCCUAGAUCCCUAGACCUGAUUUAAAACAGCCCCACAAAUCCCAUCUUCAUCAUGGUGGAAAGAUGAAUGGAGAAUUAAGAGAGGAAAGACAGGAGAAAUAACAUAUAAACCAACAGAUAAAAUCUAGACUAUUUGACUGAAAUCCAUAUCAAGAAGAUCAACUGCUACUCAGUUUAAGAAUUGUAAUUCUUACCAAAGUGUGUGACUAGUAUAGUGUGUUUCAAAUUGCAUUGCUCAUAUCUAUUGUUAUUUAUAUAUUUUGAAAUCUCUAUUUUUCACUUCUAUGUGAUUAAAGAACGUGUUUAUACACUCUCAAGAAAUCUGCAUGUACAUUGCAAGUGAGAGAGAUUUAUUAGGUUUGUAUCUCCAGUCAGAAGGGGUUUAUAUCAAAAAGUUGGAAUGUCUUGGUAUUUUGUAAUAGAUUCAUAAUCAUUUGUGAUUAAAACUAUUGAUAAAUUAAAAGACAAAUUAUUAAAGAUAUGGGAUGCACUUGGUUAUCUAUUAACUUUACUUAUUUGAAUGGAACACUACAUAUUAUUUUUGUUAUGCAUAUUUUCAAUGAAAUUAAGAUGUGCAGUACUGUAAUGCAAUGUUUUAUUUCAUAAGAAAUAGGGGCAUAUUAGUGCAAUGGAUAUAGGUACAGUUAUAUGUUUGAAAUAUGUAUAUAUUAUCUGUAACUAGUUUUAUGUUCAAUUGAGAUAUAUAUGCUGGGAAAAUUCAAAGGUCAUGCAUGGUUCAAAGAACAGUUUUAUGAGGAAUAUGGCUGAUAUACAAAAUAGAGAUCCAGUGUUCUUACACAUUAUUUCAUUUAUAUUAUAUUUUAUUAAAUGAAGAAUAUUUGAUUUUUUUGUAGAUUUGACAGUAAGGAAGCUCUUAUGCAAUAGGUUACAACGAUGUCAAUAUUCUCACAGCAGUCAGUCAUAGGUUUUACUUUCAUUUUGAAGCAAAAUUUGAAUAUUUCAUUAAUCAUUCAUGAAAAUAAUACAAGUAAUUGUAAUGUAUUGCCUAAUUUUAUCAGAAGUAAAGCACUACACAACAGUUCAUAUUUGUUUGUUGAGAAAGUCAGAAAGUGUCUGUGAUUGAAAAUGGCAUAUUAACCCAUUGGUCCAUAUUCUCAAAAGAGGUUUCAGUUGUACCAGUACAAAACCAUGGACUAUGCAGAUUUCUUGUAUUAUUGUGCAUCAUUCCAGAAUAAAAUGAGCGCCCUUUAGCGCCCUAUAGCGCCCCUUGCCAAAAGCGCACAUUUAUAACUGGACUUUUCUUAGUAUUCAUGAUGAAAGAGGAAUAAUUUUGCACCAUCUGUAUAGUCCAUGGUUUUUGUACCAUGGAAAAUUGAAACCUCUUUUUAGAAUUUGGGCAUUAGAGGUACAGUGGAGACACUUGCAGUUUCUCAUCCUGAAUGUUCACACAUGGAAUAUGAAUAGAAAGAGCAAAAUGUACUGGAAAAAAAAUGAUACCAUUUGUCACAGGAAAAAUGACAAAGCCAGCUAGAAAUUACUUCUCGGCUCGAAGAGAGCGUUUAUUCUUUUCUCUUCAUAUUCAUGGCCUGUGCAAAGGCUCCAAACAUAAAAGAAAAAACAAGCAUCGGCUAACAUAUAAAACCCACAUGUAAUUCUCGAUGACACCAUUCCUACUACAGCAUUACAUGCUUUCCCUGAAUAAAAGCUAUCAUUACACACUCUUAAUUGAAAAUUUGAUUAAAACAACAAAAUCACUGUUACAUAAUGCAAAUUGGUAAUUUUUCUGAAAAUUUGUUCUUUAUCAUUGAUUUUCACUCAUGUUAUAUAUAUAUUUUAUUAUUUGGAAA